AUGACCGAAGCCCAAAUUGCAAAGAAACAGAUCUUGGAUACUGUUGCUUCUGCUAAUUCACUUUUACCCAGUGCAGCUUUAAUGAAUGUCCAAGAAGAUUUCAGAAUUGUAGUUGGCACUUAUGAACGUCUUUUAUACGGAAUCAACGCUAUUUGGAACGAAGACAAAACUAAAGUCAGUCUUCAACCUGUAUUCAUUAUUCCUGCCCAUACUGGCUGCAUUCGCACCGUUGCUAUUGGUGGUCACUUUUUGGCCUCGGGCAGUACUGAUGAAAUUAUUAGACUUUACGACAUUAAGAAACGUAAGGAAUACGGUUCUUUAGGUGGUCACCAUUCUGGUGAUAUUACAGACAUUCAAUUCCAUGGAAAGUAUAUGUUAUCUGCCAGUGAUGAUCAUUCUAUCAACUUAUGGCGAACAAAAGAUUGGGAGUUCUUGAAGAACCUCAAGUCUCACAAGGGAAGAGUUAAUUCGAUUGCUAUCCAUCCCACUGGUAAAAUCGCUUUAUCUGUCGCUAUUGAUAGAACUGCUAUUGUCUGGAAUUUAAUGACAGGUCGUAAAGCCAGUAUUAACAAAUUAGGCAGAGAUGAACCAAUGUUGGUGUUAUGGAACUCUGCUGGUGAUAAGUACGCCAUUAUGUUUGACAAAUCCAUCAAUAUUUAUAAUGUCGCAGAUGCUAAAGUAGCCACCACCAUUACACAUACAUCCAGAUUCCACACCAUGCAAUAUUUCCACUCCAAAAAGAACGACAAAGAUUAUAUUGUUACCGGAAGUGAGGAUAAGACAAUUCGUAUUUGGGAUGUUGAGACUGGAGAAUGUGUUAGAGAAGUUAUUGGACAUAAGCUUCGUGUUAAGGCUGUUAGUGUUGUUGAAUGUGAUGAUAAGAUCGUCCUUGCUUCCGUUUCAUCUGAUGGACUUAUCAAAUGUUGGGAUUUAGAGGAAGCCCUUGCUUCUGAAGGAGAGAUUGAACCUUUAGGUGAAUAUAAUACAAAGUGUCGUGCAACAUGUAUCACAUCUCAUGUUGGAUUUGCAAAGACUGAAGCUAUUGCUGCCGAAGAAGCUGCUGCUGAUGCCAUUGUUGCAAAAGAAGAGAAAGCUGCCAAAAAAGCAAAGACAGCAGCUAAACAAGCUGCUUUAGAAGAAGCAAAAAAGGCAGAAGAAAAAGCUGCUAAACCACAACAAAAGAAGAAGCAACAAAAGAAAAAGGUUGUUGCUGCAAAGAAAUAA